AUGCUGGAUGGCGGGCUUAACAAAUUGCGCAAGGUGCGCGGGCGGUUCGGCGAUAGGUUAAACCCAGAUGAUGCCUUUUUGAGCUUGACAAGAGAGGAUAUGCAAACCCUCAAGGACGACUGGCUCACAGAUAAUAUCAUCUCAUUUUGGGAGGAAUAUCUCGAGCAUGAGUUCCUCACACAAUACAAAUCUUCCAAUAUCAUCCUUCUCCGCCCCAGCAUGUCCUUCAUGAUCCUUCAAACGCCCGACCCGCGCACCCUGCGUGAAGCGCUUCCAGACUUUAGUCGAGCUACCCAUGUCUUCCUCCCCAUCAACGACUGUCGCAAUGUCACCCAAGCAGAAGGAGGCACGCAUUGGUCCCUUUUAUUGAUUUCUGUGGUCGAUCGCAUCGCAUUUCAUUAUGACUCGCUAUACCAAGGAAACGUCUGGGAAGCAGAUACGGUGACCCGCAAGUUUGGAUACCUCCUAAACAUCCCCAUUAGAUUCCUCCAUUUGAACGAUUCACCCCAGCAAGACGGCGGCAGCGACUGCGGCGUAUUCGUAUGCAUGAACAUGCGACACUUGCUCAUGAAGCGGCUGUUGAUGGCCAGCGCGCAUGAGAAGGUAAGUAUGAGUCUCGGAGGUCGCAACAUUGACGCCAAUGCUUCCCGCAAAGAAAUAGCCAAGAUUAUCGAAGGGUUCCGAAAAGAAGGCGAGCGCCGACGAUCAACGAGCGCCAGUCCCAUGGGGAAGAAAUCGAGGAGUCCUCCGCGCGUUGAUUGA